CCCACGCAAAAGGAAGAGUUUUCGUGCCCUAGCCUUCUCCCAAAGUCUUUCUAUUCAAAUAACCAGCAUCCGUCCGACACCGUCCACGGUGAUUCCGGCCACCGUGCGUUUGAAUUACAUUUUGUCUUCCGGUGGAGCAGUAGAGAAGUAUGGGUGACAAAGACGAAGAGUCGGGAAUGCCAAGGGAUGCAAAGAUUGUGAAGUCUUUGUUGAAGUCAAUGGGCGUGGAGGAGUACGAGCCUCGCGUCAUUCACAAGUUCCUUGAACUGUGGUAUCGAUACGUCGUCGAUGUAUUAACCGACGCACAAGUCUAUUCAGAGCACGCGGGAAAAUCCGCAAUCGAUUGUGACGAUGUCAAGCUUGCGAUUCAAUCCAAGAUUAACUUCAGCUUCUCGCAACCACCACCUCGGGAGGUGCUGCUGGAGUUGGCUCAGAACCGUAACAAGAUACCAUUGCCAAAGACUAUAGCAGGACCCGGUAUUCCUCUUCCACCUGACCAGGACACAUUAAUCAGUCCUAACUACCAGUUUGGAAUUCGAAACAAAAGGCCUGCUGAACCUUUAGAAGAAACAGAGGAUGAAGAAACUACCAUUCCCAAUCCCACCCAGGAAGACAAGGUAGAGAUGCAGCAGAAUCCCCAUCAGAGAGUGUCCUUUCCCCUGCCCAAACGCCAAAAGGAUUAAUUUUAAUUCCCUUAUGUCACCAAUGUUUUAGUCUAGCUUUUGUGUAAUUGUUGUACAACAGUAUUAUUAGCUACAAAAUCUCUAUAAACGAUACCAUGUUUGUUUUAUUGUGUAACAUCCACUAGGUUCUGACAUUAAAAUGAAAUGAAAAAGUUUCCAAACGGCUCAUUCUGCUUGGAAUAUGUA